AUGCUAUCUAGGGUGUCGUUUCCAGCUAGGCUCUUGCUAGCCAAGAGACUACCAUUCAUUGCCCUGAUACCACAGAGACCUUUUCAUUUAUCAUCCAUCGCACAUGAUGAGCUCAAACCAGCUGGAAGGUUUCGUAUCGAAACAGACAGUUUUGGAGAAUUGGAGGUCCCUGCUGACAAGUAUUGGGGUGCUCAAACUCAGAGAUCCACUGAAAACUUCAAGAUUGGAGGUCCAAUGGAACGUAUCCCAGAACCCGUCAUCAUCGCCAUAGCCACAAUCAAAAAAGCUGCUGCAAUAGUCAACAUGCAAUCCAACUUGGAUGCCAAAGUUGGUCAAGCUAUCGUGAAAGCCGCAGACGAAGUAAUUGCUGGCAAACUAUCAGACCAUUUCCCACUAGUAGUAUGGCAAACAGGUUCAGGAACCCAAACAAACAUGAAUGUAAACGAAGUCAUUGCCAAUCGAGCUAUUGAAAUAUUGGGUGGUAAAAUUGGUAGUAAGAAACCCGUACACCCCAACGACCACGUCAAUUACGGUCAAUCCUCUAAUGAUACCUUCCCUACUGCCAUGCAUGUGGCUGCUGCUACUCAACUUGUAAAUGGUCUACUGCCUGCUCUAGAAAAAUUAGAAAAAUCUCUGUCAAACAAGUCUAAUGAAUUCGCAAACAUUAUUAAAAUUGGACGAACGCAUUUACAAGAUGCUACUCCUUUAACUCUGGGUCAGGAGUUUUCGGGUUAUACCACACAGAUUCAGUAUGGAAUUGAGAGAGUCAAGAAUGCUCUACCUAGAUUGUACUUGUUGGCUCAAGGUGGAACUGCUGUUGGAACAGGUUUAAAUACCAAGAAGGGUUUUGAUGUGAAGGUUGCAAGUGAGAUAGCAAAACUAACUGGUCUACCAUUCGUUACUGCUCCGAACAAGUUCGAAGCAUUGGCUACAAACGAUGCUAUAAUUGAAGCUUCUGGUGCAUUGAACGUUGUUGCUGCCUCAUUGACUAAAAUCGCAAACGAUAUUCGAUUACUUGGGUCAGGACCACGGUGUGGUCUUGGUGAAUUGGUACUACCAGCCAAUGAACCUGGUUCAUCCAUCAUGCCUGGUAAAGUCAACCCUACACAAUGUGAAGCCAUGACCAUGGUGUGUGCUCAAGUCAUGGGUAACAAUGUAGCCAUCACUGUUGGUGGUAUGCAAGGACACUUUGAGUUGAACGUAUUCAGGCCAAUGAUAAUCAGAAACAUGCUACACUCUACCCGCAUCCUGGCUGAUGCCUGUGUCUCGUUCGUAGAUCAUUGCGUAGAUGGAAUUGAAGCUAAUACUAGACGAAUUGAUGCUUUAAUGAGAGAAUCCCUGAUGCUGGUUACAGCUCUAAACCCAUAUAUUGGAUAUGAUAAUGCUGCUAAAGCUGCUAAGAAGGCACACAUGGAUGGCACAUCGUUGAAGGAGGCUACUGUUGGUCUAGGAUUGUUAUCGGAAGAACAAUUUGAUCAGUAUGUUAGACCGGAAAAGAUGAUUGGGCCACGACCAUGA